UAUAUUGUGUAUGCAUAAUGCACUGUAUAUUUUGAAUAAAGUCAUCCUUUCUUCUCUCUCCACCGCCCCACUUGUCUCUCUUUCCUCCCUGUCAAGUUUUAGAGAGAGAAAGCAAAACUCCAUUUCUCCCAUCUGUCUCUCUUCACUUUUCUCUUAAAAAAGACCAAUAUCAUUUAGUGCCAGAGAGAGAGGACGGAGAGAGAAUCAUCAUAUCACAUUUAGUAAAGUAAGCGAGAUAUUUCCGGCAUAUACACCAUCUCCAGGUUACGUUGUGCGCCUGGAGAAAAACAGCAUUGACGACAAUUGUUACGUAAGAAAGAAAGGAAAGAUGCGCAAGUGGUUGUGUUGUACCACCUGUCAAGCUGAAGAGUCUUAUCCUCGUCAUGAGAGUGAUCCUUUUAAAAGCCCUAAAGAUCAGACAGAUGGGAACCAGAAAAGUUCAAAGGUCCCGACUCCUGUCAAACAAGAAGUGCAGAAGGCUGUGCCAACGAUUGAAGUGCCAGCACUUUCUCUGGACGAGUUGAAAGAGAAAACUGACAAUUUUGGAUCAAAGGCAUUGAUUGGUGAAGGAUCCUAUGGAAGGGUAUACUUCGCAAGCCUAAACAAUGGAAAAUCUGUGGCUGUUAAAAAGCUUGAUGUUGCACCCGAGCCCGAGUCAGACAAUGAGUUUUUGACUCAGGUUGCUAUGGUUUCGAAGUUGAAGCAUGAAAAUUUUGUUGAGUUGACUGGUUACUGUGUUGAAGGACAUAACCGUGUGUUGUCUUAUGAGUUUGCCACUAUGGGGUCACUACACGAUAUUCUGCAUGGCAGGAAGGGAGUUCAAGGAGCACAACCAGGCCCUGUUCUUGACUGGAUGCAACGUGUACGGAUAGCUAUUGAUGCAGCAAGGGGGCUGGAGUACUUGCAUGAGAAGGUUCAACCUUCUGUAAUACAUAGAGAUAUUCGAUCUAGUAAUGUGCUUUUGUUUGAAGACUUCAAGGCCAAGAUUGCAGAUUUCAACCUCUCAAAUCAGGCACCUGACAUGGCUGCUCGCCUUCAUUCUACUCGAGUUCUUGGAACUUUCGGUUAUCAUGCACCAGAGUAUGCCAUGACAGGACAGUUGACACAGAAAAGUGAUGUUUAUAGCUUCGGCGUGGUUCUUCUAGAGCUUUUGACCGGAAGAAAGCCUGUUGAUCAUACGAUGCCCCGAGGACAGCAGAGUCUUGUCACUUGGGCAACUCCCAGACUAAGUGAAGACAAAGUUAAACAAUGUGUUGAUCCAAAGCUCAAAGGAGAGUACCCUCCAAAAGCGGUUGCAAAGCUGGCAGCUGUAGCCGCAUUGUGCGUGCAGUAUGAGUCUGAGUUUCGGCCAAAUAUGAGCAUCGUUGUCAAGGCUCUCCAACCACUUCUGAGAGCUGCUACCCCAGCUCCAGAGAUAUAGAUAAAAUAAUUUCUUUUUAAUUGUUUGAAUUUCUGCGACUACUUGCACAGUUUGGGUACAUGUUUACAAAGUCGUCAUGCACUUUUUAAGUAUGCAAAGAUAUUCGUUCCGUUGAAGUGUAGAUGUGGGUUUGCAUGUCUCAUGUAUGGGGACUAGAAGCGUAGAUGUGGAUUGCAUGUUCUCUGGUUUGAUAUUGGUUAUGGAUGUCCACUAAAAGCAGGGGGUGUUUUGUUUGGCAAGGCUGUUUUGUGGUUUGAACUUGUUAGAGUGGAAUGUUUCUGUAUGCAUGGAUGCUUUUAUCUUUGAGGAUUGAAUCGCUGUUGAUAUAUAUGAAUUUCAAUUAUUUGGAA